AGGACGCCGCACCCAAGAUGGCGCUCAUGAGGCGACGUGGUGUGUGUCGGGAUUCCAGUGACGUCACGUCCCGCGCUCGCUGCCGCCGGAAGCAGCUGUAGUAGGCUGGACUCUAGAGGCUGUCGCUGGAGCUGGCGUCGCAGCAUUGUGUAGCCGGGGGCUGGGCCGUGUGUGUGAGUCCAGGUAGCAGCACCGAGCAUGAUCUCCCCGGGAGCAGCCACACAGCCCGCCUCUGGGGGCCAUUGUCCAUUGCUGCAACUGUACAGACACCUAUGUAUUAUAAUAGCACAGUCCAGCAGUUUGGUUGCAGUCAGAGUCUGCUUUGCCCAUUUAUUUUCCCCUCCUGACUUCUUUCCACAUAGUUGUUAUUGCAUGCCUUCCUUGUCCAUUACCCAUUUCCUAUAAUCUGGGCUGAAUUUGCUGGCAUGUAACAGCAAUUCACAAUUUGGGCAACAAGUGGGAAAAUCAGUAGGUGGCUGUUCUCAAACUCUAAUGACAAGUAAGACUAGCAGUUGUUUUGUUUCCAAAACUUUGCAUGUGCAGGUGAAUCUGCUGAAGAAAAAGUUGUCUAUACUUUCACAUUUAUCAGGCCAUGGAUAAUGUGUUUAUCCAGCAUAGUGUCAAAGUGCUGCAAGCCCUUAACAAGCAACGAGAGGACGGCCGAUACUGCGAUGCCACGCUGGUUGUUGGCGAUCUCCAUUUUAAAGCCCACUGGAGCAUACUGGCUUGUUGCAGUCACUUCUUCCAGAGCCUUUAUGGAGAUGGCAGCUCCUCAAACAUUAUUCUUCAUGAAAGGUUCUCUGAAAUCAUGGGUCUUCUCCUGGACUUUCUCUACACAGGAGAGCUGGCUCUUUCCCAACACAACAUUGACAAAGUUCUACGAGCGUCUAAGGAACUUGGCAUUUUUGAAGCUGUGGAGGCCUGCGAGAGGUUCCAACCCAAGUGUUUUCAUCCAGUGGAUCAAAGUCAAGACUAUUUUCAAGAGUCCGGCACAAUGGAAUCCCUAAAUGGACACCUGAAGGAGGCAGAGGAGUCCGAUGGAGAGGACACAUUAAAGGGGAUUUCAGACCUCCGCAAUGCCCUCUCUGACACUGGAGUGCCUUCCGAACAGAGCAACUGUCAGGAUAGCAGCCUCUCCCUACUGCAAGGGACCGUGGAGAUUUCCACCUUCCAGGAAACUGCCAUGAAACAUACAGGUCUUAGCACAGAACCAGUGGAGCGUAGAGAGUUCAAGCGGCAAAGGAGAGGACAGAAGAGUGAGUUGUGUAUCAGCGGAGAUGGAGAUUAUAUUACGUGGGACUUGGAGGUGGACGAGAUCCAUGAUGUCAUAGCAGAGGACACGGUCUAUAUCCAGGAUGAUCUAGAUGAGGAUUAUGUUUUAGAACGGAAGAUCCCAAGCUCCAAGCGAAGGACAUGCACGCCCAAGAAGAUUGUCCCUUUAGAACCAUCUGCUAAUGACGCAACACUGGAUGGAGAUCUAAAGAACAAGAGAAAUUCCAAUAACCCAGUGGAAUGUCCCAUAUGUCAGAAAAGGUUUCUCAGCAAAUACUACCUCAAGGUCCAUAACAGAAAGCACACUGGAGAGAAGCCGUUUGAAUGUACAAAGUGCGGUAAAUGUUACUUCAGGAAGGAGAACUUGGUGGAGCACCAUGCGCGGAACUGUAUGAACAGAAGUGAGCAGGUUUUUAAUUGCACAUCUUGUCAUGAAGUUUUCAAAAGAAGGAUGGAGCUGAGGUUACAUAUGGUGACCCACACAGGUGUGAUGCCUUAUAAGUGUUCUAUAUGUCCCCAACAAUUCAUGCAGAAAAAACAUCUUCAGAGCCACAUGAUCAAAAUGCAUGGAGAACCCAAACCUCAUGCUUGUCCAACGUGUGGAAAAUGCUUCUUUACACGAACUGAACUCCGCCUUCAUGAAGCCUUCAAACACCGGGGGGAGAAGCUGUUUGUGUGUGAGGAGUGCGGGCACAGGGCCUCCAGCAGAAGCGGCUUACAGAUGCAUAUCAAAGCCAAGCACAGAAAUGAGCGACCAUUUGUAUGUGAAUUCUGCCACCAUGCUUUUACCCAGAAAACCAAUUUGAACAUGCACCUGAAGACUCACACGGGGGAGAAACCGUUCCAGUGUCACCUCUGUGGCAAGACGUUCCGGACACAAGGUGAGACACGAGCCAGUCUACGUAAGCACAACCGGAUUCACACAGGUGAGCGGCCGUUUAGCUGCGAGUUCUGUGACCAGCGGUUUACCGACAAAACCCCCCUUUUACGGCACGUUGCCAGCCGACACCAGGAAGGGAGACCUUACUUCUGCCAAGUCUGCGGCAAGACCUUCAAAGCCACCGAGCAGUUGCGUGUCCAUGUGGCCAGACAUCGGGGAGUACGGAAGUUUGAGUGCACGGAAUGCGGGUACAAGUUCACUCGGCAGGCUCAUCUUCGCCGACACAUGGAAAUUCACAACCGAAUUGAAAAUUACAAUCCACGUCAGCGGAAACUACGCAAUCUAAUAAUUGAGGAGGAUAAGACUGUGGUGAUUGGGUUACAGAGCCCCCAAGAACUGGACGUUGGACCUACAGAGAUCAUAGUAGAGUCCAUCACCUCCAACGCUCUUCCAGAAGACGUCACAGAGCAGAGACUGUGUACAGAGGACGAGUUCCCGGCGGAAGUCAUGGAACAGUCUAUAAUCAUCACCGCCACCAUACCUAUUGACGAGUGUGAAACGUGAUCAGCUGACAGAACUCCGCCCACAAUAGCGUGUUUAUUUAUUACAUUGGUGCAUUCUAUUUCCAAAUAAAAGGGAAAAAGUGUGCAAGUUUAUAGUAAACUGCCCAUUGCACUGCC